UCACCACAGAUGCGCCGUUCUCCUGGAUGGGCGCCUUGCUUGGCGGUUUCGCGCGACCGCACGCAAGCUCUCAAGCCACCAUUCCCAGGCCCCCUGAAUUACUUCUAACAUCCCCGAGGCAAUGCGAUCUGGGGUCUGUUUUCGUGCGGCGACUGGCUUGCGGCGACUCGUCCACCAUAUCUGGUGAAUUUGACCUCCACGCCUUCGCGAAUUCCACACGCAAUUCCGAGCCAUGGCGCCGAGCCAGCCUCCCAAGCCUAACCCGUUGCCUCGGGGCCCGGUGAUGGCGAUCUGCAUCAUGUAUUUCACCAACGCCCUGGCGCCCACCAUCCUCUUCCCCUUCCUGCCUCUCAUGGUCGCUAGCUUUGCUGUCACCGACGACCCCACCAAGCUCGGCUACUAUGCAGGCUACCUGGGCUCCUCGUACUUCGUCGGGUCGCUGCUCACCAGCAGCUUCUGGGGCAUCCUGUCAGACCAGUGGGGGCGCAAGCCAGUGUUAUUAAUCGGUCUGGCGACCAACAUGGUGUGCGGGGGUGCGUUCGGCCUGUGCACGUCCUUCCAUUGGGCCAUGCUCGUGCGCUUCCUGCACGGGCUCUUCUCCACCGUCGCUGCCACUGGAAGAUCCACAGUGGCCGAACUUUGUGACUCCACCAAUCAGGCGCAAGGGUUCGCCCUACUAGGAACCAACUUUGGCCUCGGGCUGCUCAUUGGUCCAGCGCUGGGCGGAUUCCUCUGCGAGCCAGCAGUGAAGUACCCCUGGCUGUUCCCGCCUCGCUCUCUCUUCGCGCGCUUCCCCUUCCUCCUGCCCUGCCUGCUGCUCGCCCUGCUCUCCCUGCUCGGCCUCCUCGCCACCGCUGCCCUGCUGCCAGAGACCAAGGGGUGGGCGCGCCCUGUGGUCAACAUCGACGAUGACCUUCAAUCCGAUACCAACAGUGGGGGCUUCAAUGGUGGCAGCAACAGUGGCAGUGAUGCCACCGCUGCCCUGCUGCGGGAGACCAAGGGGUGGGCGCACCCUGUGGUGGACAGAGAUAGUGAUCUGCAUGGUCAUAAGCAUUGUGAUAUCGAGGAAUGUGGUAGUAACGAGGGCGGAGCGAUGAGGAAUGUUGAAGCAGAAAGUGGUGGCCGCAGAGAGACGACCGUCAUUAGAGUCACAGUGGCCUCAGUUGACAGUGGCAGCUGCGGCAGCAGCAGCAGCAGCAGCAGGAGCAGUGGCAGUGACAGUGGAAGCCGAAGGUCGAGCCUGAGCCAGCCUCUGUUGCAGUCAAUAGCAGAGGAGAGAGACGAAGGGGAGGAGGAGGAGGAGUGGGAGAGAGGGGAAGGAGGGAGAGAAGGCAAACGGUGUGAGUGCAGGGGGGGUGAUGAAGUGGCGCAGGGGCAGGGAGGGCAGCAAGGGAGUGAGAGGCGAGCAGGGAGUGGAGACGUGAGAGGGGGAGCGCAUGCAGCCGGGGGCCAAGGGGGAGGAGCGAGAGGGAGGGGGGUUGAGGGGAGUGGAGUUGCGAGCAUGGGAGAAGGUACGGUGGGACAAGCGUGUGAGGGUGAAGGGAAAGGGGGAGCGGGGCGGGGAGGAGGAUGUGGAGGAGGAGGAGUAGGAGAAGGGUGGGGAGAGUAUGAUAAAGACCGGGCCGACUAUAGGGAUGGCAGCAGAGCCAGGGGGGACCUGAACCACCUGAAGGACCACCUGAAGGAUCACCUGAACGGACAACACCUGAGAGAGCCGUUACUCUCUGCAGGGGGGGAAGAAGACGAACGACAUGCAGGAAGGCGCUACAGUGAUGGAGGUGUUGGCGCCUUCUGCGGGGGCUCCUCUUGGUUCUGCUCCUGCCUGCCACAGCUGUCUUGUUGCUGCCUGCCCUCCUGCCUGCCCCACCCGUCUCUCUCCCCUGUGGGCCUCUUCUCACCUCUCUGUGGGCAGCAGCUGGCGCAGGCACUGUUUGACAGCGCCACAGUGAAGGCCUUUCUCUUCCUGGCGCUGCUCAGCUUCGCUACCACCGCAUUCAACGAGGUCUUUCCUCUCUGGAGCCUAACUGAUUGGAGGUUCGGAGGGCUCAGCUUCGGCACGAACCAAGUAGCCAUGGCCCAAACCUGUGCGGGAAUAUGCUCUGUUAUUUUCCAGUUAUACGUGUAUGCUCCGCUUGUCAACAGAGUGGGUGCUCGUGGGGCCGUCCAGGUGUCGCUGUCAGUUGGCUUCGUUAUAGUCACAUGGCUUCCCUUCAUCCGCGCGUUCGGCCAUGGCAGUCAAGCCACCGUCAUUGCUGCUUGCCUCUCCCUGGCCAUGCGGAGUUUUGCGCAGUGUGUGUUCACAUCAGGCUUCAUCUUCAUCAACAACAGCAUCACAGACCCGUCCAUGCUUGGUGCUGUCACGGGCAUCACACAGAGCAUCAACCUCUUUUUCAGGGCCAUGGCACCUGCUGCUGGUGCAUCCGUGUUUGCAUGGAGCAUCAGCGGUAAAGGGUUCUUUCCUUUCGACUACCAUUUCUUCUUCUUUGCUCAGGCAGCUCUUCAGCUCGUUUUGAUAUUAAUUUCUCGGUCCAUGCCGGACCAUAUUGACAAGCCAAAGUUUGUUAGGCGUCAAACAUAAGUGUAUCAAAACGAUGAAUUUUAUUGGGUGGGCUUUCAUGCAAAGGCUCUUAAUCUACAC